GGCAGGUGCCUCGGGCUUCUCCGCACCCAAGGUUUCCGGGCAGGCGCGGGCGAAGAGUUUGCAGUAUGGCUUCUGCACCUGCUUCAAAGUAUAACUCACAUUCCUUGGACAAUGAAUCACUGAAGAGGGCUUCGAGAGAUGGACUGAAUCGGGAUGUGGGCGAGGCUGUUCCCAGACUUCCAGGAGAGACACGAAUUACUGACAAAGAAGUUAUUUACAUAUGUCCUUUCAAUGGCCCAAUUAAGGGAAGAGUUUACAUCACAAAUUAUCGCCUUUAUUUAAGAAGUUUGGAAAUGGAUUCCACUCUUAUUCUUGAUGUUCCUCUGGGCGUGAUCUCAAGAAUUGAAAAAAUGGGAGGCGCCACAAGUAGAGGAGAAAACUCGUAUGGUCUGGACAUUACGUGCAAAGACAUGCGGAGCCUGAGAUUUGCCCUGAAGCAGGAGGGCCACAGCCGGCGGGACAUGUUCGACACCCUCACCAAGUACGCCUUUCCCUUGGCACACAGUCUGCCCAUGUUUGCAUUUUUAAAUGAAGAAAAAUUUAACGUGGAUGGAUGGACAGUUUACAACCCAGUGGAAGAAUACAGAAGACAGGGCUUACCCAAUCACCAUUGGAGAAUAACUUUUAUUAAUAAGUGCUAUGAACUGUGUGACACUUACCCUGCCCUUUUGGUGGUUCCUUACCGUGCCUCAGAUGACGAUCUCAGGAGAGUUGCAACUUUCAGAUCACGAAAUCGAAUUCCAGUGCUGUCAUGGAUCCAUCCAGAGAACAAGACAGUCAUUGUGCGCUGCAGCCAGCCUCUCGUGGGCAUGAGUGGGAAGCGAAAUAAAGACGAUGAGAAGUAUCUUGAUGUUAUAAGGGAGACCAAUAAACAAAUCGCUAAACUCACCAUCUACGAUGCCAGACCCAAUGUCAAUGCAGUGGCCAAUAAGGCAACAGGAGGAGGAUAUGAAAGUGAUGAUGCGUAUCAUAACGCUGAACUUUUCUUCUUAGACAUACACAACAUCCAUGUCAUGCGGGAAUCUUUAAAAAAGGUCAAAGAUAUUGUUUACCCUAAUGUGGAAGAAUCUCAUUGGUUGUCCAGCUUGGAGUCAACGCAUUGGUUAGAGCACAUCAAGCUUGUUUUGACGGGGGCCAUUCAAGUUGCUGACAAAGUGUCUUCAGGGAAGAGCUCUGUUCUUGUGCACUGCAGUGACGGCUGGGACAGGACAGCCCAGCUCACCUCCUUGGCCAUGCUAAUGCUGGACACCUUCUACCGGAGCAUCGAAGGCUUUGAAAUUUUGGUGCAGAAAGAAUGGAUCAGCUUUGGACACAAGUUCGCAUCUAGAAUAGGCCAUGGAGAUAAAAACCAUGCUGAUGCUGACCGAUCUCCCAUCUUCCUCCAGUUCAUUGACUGUGUGUGGCAGAUGUCAAAACAGUUCCCUACAGCUUUUGAGUUCAAUGAGCGCUUUCUGAUUACCAUCUUGGAUCAUCUGUAUAGCUGUCGGUUUGGUACUUUCUUAUUCAACUGUGAAGCUGUUCGAGAAAAACAGAAUGUUACAGAAAGAACCGUUUCUCUAUGGUCACUGAUAAAUAGUAACAAGGAAAAGUUCAAAAACCCCUUCUAUACUAAAGAAAUCAAUCGAGUUUUAUAUCCGGUUGCCAGCAUGCGUCACUUGGAACUCUGGGUAAACUACUACAUUCGGUGGAAUCCUAGAAUAAAGCAACAACAGCCGCAUCCUGUGGAGCAACGCUAUAUGGAACUCUUGGCCUUGCGUGAUGAGUACAUCAAGCGCCUGGAAGAGCUGCAGCUCGCUAACUCAGCCAAGCACACCGAGCCCUCUGCCUCACCAGCCAGCCCCUCGCAAAUGGUGCCCCAUGUGCAGACGCACUUCUGAGGGCCUGGGCCCUACGCACAAUAAAGGCAGUUGGUGACUCUCCUUGGGGGGGCCUCUGUACAAAGUCUACGCGAAUAUGUGCCUCCGGGUAGAACGGAACUAACCCAAUAUUACACUCUUGAAUAUGUAUGUGCCUUCCAUAUUCCAAGAAAACCACAGUGUCUCCCCUAGCCACGGAAGAAAAAAGCCUACCAGGGUCUGGGCAAGUCUGGUCCCUUUUUCCAAAACGGAAUUUUGGAAAGAUAAAGUAUAGCUUGUAUUUACCUCUUUAGAAAGUCUGGAUAGGCAAGAAGUCAAGGCUUUUGUGGGCUUACUCAGAACAAGGUUAUCAGAAAUAAAAGGGGACAAAUAGAUGUUUGCUAAAUGGAUUUUCCUCAAGCUACUUCCUAUUCAUGGAUCUGGAUUGUUCUCAAAUUAACCCAAAUGUGAAAGAGGGGGUCGAAUGACUGCCAAAGUCAUAUUGAGCUCAGCUUCCAAGGCAUGAUCCCAAACAAGGUAUUUCAGCAGGUGCCAAAUGUUAUACGAUCUUAAGUGUAAAAUCUGUGACUGAAGGAGAAAUAGCUGUGCACAGGAGCUUUCCCCUGGGCCCCCUA